GACCAGUUGAACAAGCCUCGGAAUUACGGAGGUAUACGCAACAUGAAAAAUGAUUAUGUUAUCUGUAGAUAAGCUCACUUUAUGGAGUCUAUAAAAAUAAAAAAGAUAUUGGCCACAGUAUAGGGUAUUUAAAGAUACGAAUCGCUCAACCACAGCGACAGUAGCAGCCUCCAACAUAUUGUAUUUAGAAGUGUGUCUGUGUUUGUGUUUGUGUGAGCAACCGAUAAGAUACACAGAAAUAGAGCCGGAAGAGUUCAGAUCAUAGAACGGAGAGGCGGAAACAUGGGUGCAGAGGGAACGGCUGAAUACGAUAGCUAUGUGGUGUACGAUUGCGACAUUGGAACGGACGAUGCCUGGGGUCUACUGAUGCUCCUGCGGGCCGAGCACUACUCACAGAGUAGGGAGGUCCCAUUACCCGCUCAGCUGGCGCCGGGACGCUUCAAACUGGCCGCCGUAACUUGCGUCCACGGCAACACCGAUGUUGACAAUGGCACCUUAAAUGCUCUACGCGUGCUGAGCACCGCUGGACGUCUCGAUGUGCCCGUUUUCAAGGGCUGUGCCGAGUCGAUAAUGCCACGCACUUGGGAGCGACGCGGGUACUUUCAUGGUCGCGAUGGCCUAGGGGACUUGGAUAAUUAUCCAGCGGUGAAUGAGAAGGCGCUCGUGAGCGAGGAGCGUGCCGUGAAUGCGAUGUAUCGUUUGGCCUGCGAACACGCACAUCGCAUAGACUUCCUAUUGGUGGGCCCACUCACCAAUUUUGCGCUCUGCAUCAACAUCUAUGGUGAUGAUUUCCUAGAUAAGGUGCGUGACGUCUACAUUAUGGGCGGCAAUAUUGUGGGGAAGGGCAACAUUACGAAGAGUGCCGAAUUUAAUUUCAUGUUGGAUCCCGAAGCGGCGCACAUUGUGCUCGAGCGGAUCAAGAAACCAGCAUGGGUGCUGCCCUGGGAGACCUGCAUAGAUGGCGACUACGGACUGGAUGUGGACUUUCGGUUCAAUGUGCUCGGCGCUGUACCCACUGCAUCCAUGGACUUGAUGAAUCGUGCUGAGCGGGCCAUUAUAUUGCCACGUGGCUUUGUUAAGUGGCUGACUUGCGAUGCCCUGCUGACUGCCGCCUACCUGUUUCCCACGCUCCUCAUCGAGGAUCAGCGCGACUAUUAUGCCACCGUCGAGGUGGUCGGCACACACACCCGUGGCCAGAUGGUGCUGGACCACCUGAGGGGACGGGUUGUCGAUCAUCUGCAUGGCAAGUCACUUAAUGCUCGCAUCAUGCGCAGACUGAGUGGCCGACACUAUCGAAUCGUCAUUUCCUGGACGGGCGAACUACCAGGGGUCCGGAUCGAGGAUUUGUGGCAGCAACCACAGCCAGUGCCCGAAGAGUAAAAACCACUCUCAUUUCGUCAUUUUUGAUGUGCAAUAUCAAACUACAAAAGUUCUCAUAUAUA